UGCUGGGCAGGAUGAGGCUGGACCGGGCAGGAUCGGUCCCACGUGUUAGUGCAGCCCGGGUCUGAAUGAGACCCGAGGAUCAGACCCAACUGGGAAGGAUUGGAAUUGUGUGGAUCAGACAGAGGAGGGCAGGAUCAGACCCGAGAGGGUCAGAGAAAACGAGGCAGGAUGAGGCUGGACUGGGCAGGAUCAGGUCACACCAUAUCAGUCCAAACCGGAUCCAGAUGAGACCCAACUGGGUCAGACCCAGCUGGGAAGGAUGGGAAUUGAGUGGGUCAGACCAAGCCAGGGCAGGAUCAGACCCGAGAGGGUUACAGUGAACUGGGCAGGAUGAGGCUGGACCGGGUAGGAUUGGUCCUACGUGUCAGUCCAACACGGGUGUGAAUGAGACCCAAGGGUCAGACCCAGCUGGGAAGAAUGGGACUUGAGUGGGUCAGACCGAACCAGGGCAGGAUCAGACCUGAGAGGGUCAGAGCAAACUAGUCAGGGUGCAGCUGGACCAGGCAGGAUCAGACCCCACUGUGUCAGUUCAAACCGGAUCCAGAUGAGACCCAACUGGAUCAGACCCAAGUGGCAAGGAUUAGACUUGAGUGGAUCAGAUCAAAGUGGGGCAGGAUCAGACCCAAGAGGGUCAGAGUAAACUGAGCAGGAUAAGGGGCCAGACCAGGCAGGAUCAGGUCCCACCAUGUCAAUCCAAACCAGAUCCAGAUGAGACCCGAGGGUCAGACCUAACUGGGAAGGAUCGGACCUGAGUGAUUCAGACUAAGCCAGGGUAGGACCAGACCCAAGAGGGUUACAGUGAGCUGGGCAGGAUGAGACAGGAUCAGGUCCCACGUGUCAGUCCGACACGGAUCUGAAUGAGACCCAAGGGUCAGACCCGACUGGGAAGGAUCAGACUUGAGUGGGUCAGACCGAGCCAGGGGGAGGACUGGACCUGAGAGGAUUACAGUGAACUGGGCAGGAUGGGGGCCAGAUAAGGCAGGAUCAGGCUCCACAGUGUCAGACCGAACUGAGUCAGGAUGAGACCUGAAAGGGUCACACUGAAGCAGGCAGGCUGGGACCCAAGAGAGUCGGAUCAGACCAGGAAGGAUCGGACCCAAGAGAUUCAGAGUGAAUUGGGAAGGAUGGGACUGGACUGGACAGGAUAGGACUGAAUUGGUGCAGGAUCAGAGUGAACAGGGCAGGCUGUGGCUGAACAGGGCAGGAUCAGGCCGAGUGUGCCAGACCAAACUGGGCAGGAUGGGACCUGAGUGGGUCAAACCGAACCAGGCAGGAUGGGACCUGACCAGGUCAGACCACACUGGGCAGGAUGGGCCCAGACUGGGUAGGGUCAGAUCCAAGAAGUUCAGGUCAAAUUAGGCAGGAUGGGAGCCAAGCAAAUAUCGAACUGGACAGGAUGAAGCAGGUCUGGAGAGGAUGGAGUCAGAUGCAGAGAGCGUUGGGUCAGAUCCAUCCGAAGCAUCACUGCCUUGGUUGGGCUUCGGGGUGGUCUACAAAGCCAGCCCAAAUGGUAGCCACUGGACUUUUCUUUUAGGGAGGUUUAGCGGCUUUUACUGAGGAGCAGAGCCUAAAACCACACCAUGAUUCCCAUGACAGGGCUGGUAUGAAGCUCAGUGUUGUGCAUUCGCCCUGGUUCCUCUGCUUCCACAGCCUGGGGUGUGCCUGGGAUGUGCUUGCAUCUCCCAGGACAUCCCUAGAGACAAGCCCCAUGCCAGAGAUGGUGUUGCAUGUGGAGUGUCUGCAAAUCUGCUCAACGGACCUGGUCUUGCCCAGCAUUUCUGCUGUGGGUGCCAGGAGCCUGGCCUUCACCUUUCUGGGGCACCAAAGCAUGGGGAAGUGAGGGGAGUCACCCGAGGACAGAGUACGUUGGUCUCAGAGCCACCUGACAUCACCAGAGGGACCAUCCCUGCACCUUGUACCCAUGAGUCUAUGUUAAGCACCUGAAAAUGCUGCUCUGGUGCAAUUCUUCACUUCAUUGCAUCUUCAGACUUUGAUAAAUGGAAAUUUCCCUUAACACAACCAAGCCUUGGUCCCCAAACAACCUGAGACAGAUGGGACAUGUCCAUGGGCACCUGAAGAAGUUUUGGGACCAGCCAGGAGAUAUCUGGGGACAGAGACGUUGUGGCUUUGGCCAAGCUUCACAGGGAGUGGGAGCAUCCCCCCUUCAUACCAUUUGAAAUCUGCUGAGCUGGAGCUUUCGCUUCCACCUCCACCAUCUCAGCCAUGCCAUCAAACCACCAAGAUGUCCCCACCAUGGUUUCCUCCGAUGGCAGGACAAACCAAGGAGGAAAGUUUCCAAGGGAGGAAGCUAUCCGCCAUAUCUUAUUUGAGGACAGCAACAGCCAAAAUAUUUUCUCACUGUAGCAAGCUUGCAGAACUCCCCUUCAUAUUAAUAUUAGGGUGUUAAUUAAAGCUAAUUUCACUGGAGAAGGGCUUACUUGAGAUGGUUUGAAAGUGAAGGGGCAAAGUCACCCCAGUGCGUGCCGCAGGAAGCUUGUGGCUGCUGAUUCGGAGUCAAACAUUGUAUGCAACUACACAAGUCUUACAUCGGUGCUGUGGCUGCUGUACUGCAGCACCUCGUCUGUUUGCAAGAAUAAAAGAAAAAAAAAACCUGCAAGCAUCAGCUGAGUGACCACACCAGCAGAGAGUACGCUGGUAGAGAGGACCACCACCAUGGCCAACUUGACGGCCCCUGUGGGGCCUGGAAGGAACUCGUGCACCUUCCAUGAGGAGUUCAAACAGGUCCUUCUGCCCUUGGUUUACUCAGUGGUGUUCACUGUGGGGUUGCCCUUGAAUGCCGUGGUCAUCGGGCAGAUCUGGGUGGCCCGUAAGGCUCUCAGCCGCAGCAUGAUCUACAUGCUGAACCUGGCCAUGGCUGACCUGCUCUAUGUCUGCUCCCUCCCACUCCUAAUCUACAACUACACUCAGAAGGAUUAUUGGCCUUUUGGGGACUUUACCUGCAAAUUUGUCCGCUUCCAGUUCUACACCAACCUACAUGGCAGCAUCUUCUUCCUCACCUGCAUUAGCAUCCAGCGGUACCUGGGCAUCUGCCACCCCUUGGCCUCGUGGCACAAGAAGAAGGGGAAGAAGCUGACAUGGCUGGUGUGUGCUGCAGUGUGGUUCAUUGUCAUUGCCCAGUGCCUGCCCACCUUCAUCUUUGCUUCCACCGGCACCCAAAGGAACCGCACUGUCUGCUACGACUUGAGCCCACCGGAUCACUCUGCUGCCUACUUCCCCUAUGGCAUCACCCUCACUGUCACCGGCUUCCUGCUGCCCUUUGUGGCCAUCCUCGCUUGCUACUGCAGCAUGGCUCGGAUCCUGUGCCAGAAGGACGAGCUGAUUGGCUUGGCGGUGCACAAGAGAAAGGACAAAGCCGUGCGUAUGAUCAUCAUUGUGGUCAUUGUCUUCUCCAUCAGCUUCUUCCCCUUCCACCUCACCAAGACCAUCUACCUGAUUGUCCGUUCCUCACCCAGCCUGUCCUGCCCAACUCUGCAGGCAUUUGCCAUCGCCUACAAGUGCACACGCCCUUUUGCCAGCAUGAACAGUGUCCUCGACCCCAUCCUCUUCUACUUCACCCAACGCAAGUUUCGUGAGAGCACCCGUUACCUCCUUGACAAGGUGAGCUCCAAGUGGCGGCACGACCAUUGCAUUACCUACGGCUCCUAGAUGAGGAUGAGGGUCACUUUGGUGUCACUGGGACUAAGCAUGGAGCAAUUUUGCUUUAAGCUUCUUGGAGCAGAAAUGGCAUCAGCCGGGGACCUGGUAGAGGACAGGAGGAUGGCAUCUGCCAAGCUUUCAGCACUUUCAUCCCACCCCCAGCCUGCAGCGGCACAGUAUUAGCCCCGUCAUGGCACAGAUUCAGCGUCCCCUGUCUGUCUGGGUUGCUCAAUUUGAGCAGCUUAGCACCAUAUUUCCUUGGUGGCUAAGCUACUGAUGCAAUAAAAGCCAUUGGUGGGACCAUGGAGAACACAGUGGGACUGUGGAGAUCACAGUUACUGUCUCAGGGGUGUGAUUUCUCUUAGUCUUGUUCAAAGCUUCCCUGCUGGGGCCAUGUGAAGUCUGGGGAGGGUUUGGAUCUGCUUUUACUUCCCUGGGGAUCAUGGUGUCAUGUGUUUCUCCAGCUCAAGAUCAGUGUCACAGGCAUUCUUGGGGCAUUUUGCAGAGUGGUGGGAGAGCAUCCCUGGCCAGACCGGGAACUGGAAAGGAGUACAUGAGGGCAACUGGGACUUCCAUGCAGGAUUUCCCACUCAAGUGAUGACUGUGGGCUGGGUUAGACACAAGCCAGCAGUGUUGUCAGCUCCCUGGGGACCUUCAGCAUCAUCUGGGUCCAGUUCCCUCCUUAGCCCAGCACCCCAAAUCUGGCCCACUCCGGCAUCCUUGGUAUCCUGCUAUCACCUCCUAACCAGGAUCUACUAAACUCAGAGUUGGCACACCUGGACAAGAUGCUAGGAGUUGGGAAAACCCUGCCACCAAGCUACUUGGUGUCCUUUGCUGUAUGACCACACAUCCCACCAUUGGCUUAGCCUCUCCACCACCCUCACUCUGUGUUCGGGCUUGAGUUUUGCUCCCCACAGCCUCUGUUGGGAUGCUGCUUCUUCCCAGCAAGGAGGAAUUUGCUUACACAGCGCAGGGUGGAUGUACCACUAAUUGUUUUAUGAGUCUUCUUUAAAAUAAUGAAUGUAUUGAAUAAAUCUCCUCCCCUUUUUCAGAAAGAUGUGUGUGCAUAAAUACACCCACUAUAUAUACAUACAUAUAAUGCAUCCAAACGGGAGGAUUUGUAGCCCAGCACAGGCUACCUGAUGCAGAGAUUGUGUCCAGUUCUGGAAUCCUCAACAUAAAAAGGAUAUGGAGUCAUUGGAACGGAUCCAGAGGAGGGCUACAAGGAUGAUCAGAGGCCUAGAGCAUUUCUGCUAUGAGGAGCAUCUCUGAGAGAGCUGGGCUUGUUCGGCCUGGAGAAGGCUCCAAGGAGACCUUAUAGCGACCUUCCAGUACCUGAAAAGGCUACAAGAAAGCUGGGGAGGGACUGUUUACAAAGGCUUGUAGUGAUAGGACUAGGGGCAAUAGGUAUAAACUGGAGAGGGGCAGAUUUGGACUAGACAUAAGCAGGAAUUUCUUCAUGAUGAGUCAUGAGGCACUGGCACAGGUUGCCCAGGAAAGUUGUGGCUGCCCCAUCCCUGGAGGUGUUCAAGGCCAGAUUGGAUGGGACCUCUGGCAGCCUGAUCUAGUCAGGGAGGUGUCAGGGGAGUUGGACCUAGAUGAUCUUCAAGGUCCCUUCCAACCCAAACUAUUCUAUGAUUCUAUGAGUCUAUGAUUCUAUGAUUCUCUUUCCUGAAUACAAUAUAUGUAUCUAUACAGUGUAUGUAUGUAUAUAUGCUACAGACGCAAACAUAUAUAUGUACAGGGAUAACUGUUUUGCUGC